AUGGCCGACAUAUCAACCACGCUCCCUCUGUCCCGUGCGUCCGUGCUGGCCGCUCACGACCUCAUAAAACCACACAUUCACCGCACCCCCGUGCUCACAAACACUACCCUCUCUGGUCUUGCAUCUACGCCCCGGUCUCCCGAUGAUCUCAAGGGCACCCGUUUCGAGGGCAGGAGGCCGGCCAGGCCAAAGAUUAGGUUGUGGUUUAAAUGUGAAAACCUGCAGAGAAUAGGAGCGUUCAAGGUCCGAGGGGCAUUUCAUGCGCUGGGCAGGCUGAUGAUGGAGGAGGGGUGGGUUGAGGGCGGCGGAAAGGAGAGGGGAGUUGUUACGCAUAGUUCUGGCAACCACGCGCAGGCCCUCGCCCUCGCUGCCCGCGAGUCCUCCAUCAAAGCGCACAUAGUCAUGCCCACCAUCUCCGUGCCGCAGAAGAUCGCUGCCACAAGGGGGUACGGCGCAACCGUCUACUUCAGCGGGAGCACCUCGGUGGAGCGCGAGGCCAUGGCCGACAAGGUCAUUUCUGAGACGGGCGCGCGGCUCGUCCCGCCUUAUGAUCACCCGGACAUCAUGCUCGGCCAGGGGACCAUGGGGAUCGAGCUGCAGGAGCAGGUGGCCGAGCUGCAGUCCCGGCUGGACCCCUACGCGGCGCCUUCGACAAAGGGCCUGGACGCCAUCGUCGCCCCCUGCGGUGGCGGCGGCAUGCUCUCUGGCGUAGCACUCUCCGCGGAGGGAACGGGCGUAAAGGUCUUUGGGGCGGAACCUUCCUACGAGGGGGCGGACGACGGUAAGCGCGGGUAUGAGACGGGUGAGAGGGUGGCGGCUGUGAGUUCGCUCACCGUGGCUGAUGGGUUGAGGACGCCCGUGGGCGAGUGGCCGUGGAAAGUGAUUUAUGAGAAGAGGCUGGUCAGUGGGAUGUAUAGCGUUACCGAGGAGGAGAUUAAGAAGGCCAUGAGGCUGGUGCUGGAGAGGAUGAAGGUGGUUGUCGAGCCGAGUGCCUGUGUUGGGUUGGCGGUUGCGUUGUUCGACGAGGAUUUUAGAGAGAUGGUGGAGAGGGAGGCAGGCGAUCGGGGGUGGGACUUGGGGAUUGUUUUCAGCGGUGGGAAUGUAGGGGCUGAUGCGAUUGGGAGGUUGUUUUCUGAGUAG